AUGAAAAAGGAAGCGGUGAAAAAGGACCUGGUGAAAAAGGAAGCGGUGAAAAAGGAAGCAGUGAAAAAGGAAGUGGUGAAAAAGGAAGCGGUGAAAAAGGAAGCGGUGAAAAAGGAAGUGGUGAUAAAGGAAGUGGUGAAAAAGGAAGUGGUGAAAAAGGAAGUGGAGAAAAAGGAAGCAGUGAAAAAGGAAGUGGUGAAAAAGGAAGCGGUGAAAAAGGAAGCGGUGAAAAAGGAAGCGGUGAAAAAGGAAGCGGUGAAAAAGGAAGCGGUGAAAAAGGAAGUGGUGAAAAAGGAAGUGGUGAAAAAGGAAGCAGUGAAAAAGGAAGUGGUGAAAAAGGAAGCAGUGAAAAAGGAAGCAAUGAAAAAGGAAGCAGUGAAAAAGGAAUCAGUGAUAAAGGAAGUUUUGAAAAAGGAAGCAGUGAAAAAGGAAGCGGUGAAAAAGGAAGUGGAGAAAAAGGAAUCAGUGAUAAAGGAAGUGGUGAAAAAGGAAGCAGUGAAAAAGGAAGCAGUGAAAAAGGAAGCAGUGAAAAAGGAAGCGGUGAAAAAGGAAGCGGUGAAAAAGGAAGCAGUGAAAAAGGAAGUGGUGAAAAAGAAAGUGGAGAAAAAGGAAACAAGAGCAGUGAAAAAGGAAGUGGUGAAAAAGAAAGUGGUGAAAAAGAAAGUGGAGAAAAAGAAAGUGGAGAAAAAGGAAACAAGAGCAAUGAAAAAGGAGGCGGUGAAAAAGGAAGCGGUGAAAAAGGAAGCGGUGAAAAAGGAAGUGGUGAAAAAGGAAGUGGUGAAAAAGGAAGCAGUGAAAAAGGAAGUGGUGAAAAAGGAAGCAGUGAAAAAGGAAGCAAUGAAAAAGGAAGCAGUGAAAAAGGAAUCAGUGAUAAAGGAAGUGGUGAAAAAGGAAGCAGUGAAAAAGGAAGCGGUGAAAAAGGAAGCGGUGAAAAAGGAAGUGGAGAAAAAGGAAUCAGUGAUAAAGGAAGUGGUGAAAAAGGAAGCAGUGAAAAAGGAAGCAGUGAAAAAGGAAGCAGUGAAAAAGGAAGCGGUGAAAAAGGAAGCGGUGAAAAAGGAAGCAGUGAAAAAGGAAGUGGUGAAAAAGAAAGUGGAGAAAAAGGAAACAAGAGCAGUGAAAAAGGAAGUGGUGAAAAAGAAAGUGGUGAAAAAGAAAGUGGAGAAAAAGGAAACAAGAGCAAUGAAAAAGGUAGCGGUGAAAAAGGAAGUGGUGAAAAAGGAAGCGAUGAAAAAGGAAGCAGUGAAAAAGGAAGUGGUGAAAAAGGAAGCGGUGAAAAAGGAAACAAGAGCAAUGAAAAAGGAAGUGGUGAAAAAGGAAGCGAUGAAAAAGGAAGUGGUGAAAAAGGAAACAAGAGCAAUGAAAAAGGAAGCAGUGAAAAAGGAAGUGGUGAAAAAGGAAUCAGUGAUAAAGGAAGUGGUGAAAAGGAAGCAGUGA